AUGGACAGUCGAGUUCAUGCCAUCCUGAGCUCUUUGUGGCCGGCUGCGCGUCGGCCCUUGGCGCCCUUCCUGGUGCUGGGCGUUGACAUUCUGGACGCCUUGGACUUGGCCUCCUGCGAGGAGGCUUCGCCGCCGCGACCUGGGAGCCAGAGCCCGGUGUGGCUCAAGAAAUUGACGGCAACAGAGAGCUCAGAGAGCUUCCGGGCCCCAUCCCGCCAAGUGCUGCACAGGAGCCUGUGGAAGGUGUUUUCCGGCGGGACGGUGUGGGGCUACAGGGCUGGCAGGGGUAGCCAGAAGGUGUUUGGAGAGAAGGAAGAUGGUUCCCGGGAAUGCCAGCACCUCUUUGAUGGUGAGUGUGGAACGCAGCUCGACUUCUCGAAAUCCCGGAAGGCAAUGGAUCAGGCCCUUGGCGCGACCGGCGCCCCUCCGGGCUUCGUUUUGGCACAGGAGCAUCGCUCCUUGGCAAAGCUUGCGACGGCCCGAGGUGUGCCUUCUGACACCUCUGAGCCCAGGAUGUUUCACAGCGCUGCCGCUGUCAUCGCGGGCGCUGCAAUCGACUUGCUGGAUCGGCAAUAUCGGGACAGAUUUGGAGGGACUUGGAGGGUUCACUGUGCUCUGAACUCCAACAGAUUUGCAGCAAGAGUUUGCGACCCCCGAAGGAUCGUGAAUGGCGUCCUGAGCCGUGAAGGGCCAUGGGUCAAUGUGCCCUCUGCCCUGUCGAAUGCAAUCUUUGCAAAGGAGAGAAAACAUGACGUGCCUCUUUGGCCGAUGAUGCAUGCUGCUUUCUUUGAGGACGUUGAGAUGCCAGCCGUGCUAUUGGAGGAUAGGUCGAGACGGGCUAUCGGACGGGUGUGA